AUGAGCACUGUCUCUGGCCCGGACGUAAUAAAUGAACGUGCUUUACCGUGACCGCAUGGCGUGUGGUGAAGGUUACAGUUACUCUGAUUGGUUGAUAUUGAAAAUAUUUUAUCAUCCCUGAGUUGAGAUGAUGUGAAAACAUUCUGUGAUGUUGAAAUGCUUUGAAGAAAUAGCAGUUUUAGGGAUGUUCAUGCAGAAAAAAGUAUAUCGAGCUUUGUGAAUAUAGAGUUUUACGUUUUCAAUUGUUAAUUCUAAUUCGAGGUAUCACAAUUUCUCUAAAAUUUAAACUAGUUUUUUAUUCUUAGUCGAAACGAGCUAUUCUUUAGAUUCCGAAGUCUUUAUGACUUUUCAUCUCAUCCUUUCCAUGUUUUAAAAAGUAUAAUUUGAGCAUAUAUUUUAGAAAGAAAGGAAUGAAAUAGUACUGAUAAGUAUCGGAUACAUUGUGACUUAAAAUUUCUCUAAUUCAAAUUCUCAGAACUACAAAUGCAAUCCUAAAAUAACACUGUUGAUUGUAUAAAUAUGAAAGUUUCUUGCUAAAGUAUAUGUUUAGCCAUUCUUAAGAAAAUAUAUUUGCCCUGCUCCUAUCUGUUUAUUGUCAAACAGUUUUACGCAGCUGUUAUUUUGUUGACAGCUUGUCGAAUAAAAGUCUAAAAUGGGGUUUUCUUGUCAAAAUGAGUAAUACGGAUAUUGCUUGCCCUGAAAGUUCUCGGAAAAUAUUUCUUUCGAUGAUGCUUAUAGAAAAGUCUAUUUUUAUGAAUAUUCACUCUCGAAACUUUUCAUUUUUUCUAAGCUUGUGACAUUUUGUCGUGUAUUACGUGCAUAAGCAGUUUUCAAAUGGUUCUAGUGAAGGAGUUUAAAUUAAAGAAAAUUGCUUCCUUUUCGAAGAAGUAUCAAGUGAAAGUUUUAUUUUGUUUCAUUUCUUUUCGUUAAAGACAGAAAGAAUUCACAACAGAAAAAAGAAUGUUGACAUACUCAUAUGUUAAAGAAGUUUAGCGACAGAGGAUUAAAUUUUUGAGAACACUUUGGGUAUUGUGAAAUGGAGAAAAUUCAAAGAAUGAUAUUAUCAGAAAGGUCAACCGAACUGCAAGUAUAAGUGAAGAAAUCUUCAAAAUAUCCACAUCUUGGAACGUGCCGCCAUCCCAUGUACAGUGGUUCUCCUUCCCAACAGUAAACAUUCCUCUCUCAUCCUCGAUCGCUCGGAUUUUCGGAUUGGGCAGACUGAAGCGCAAGACUGUUUCGUUGAGCAGCUUUCAACAUUUUCAGCCUCAGCAGAAGAAAAGCAGUAACAUGAUCCUGGCACCAUCCGACAUCCACUUCCUGCAAGAUGCCACCAGUGGCCUGGAGGACACCAUGGCGGACCUCUGUAGCAAGUUCCUCCAGGGCCACGAGAGGAUCCCCAAGGUGCAGGUGGCAGAAAAGAAUGGAUUCUGGUUCGCUCUCAACAACAGCUACUUGCACAUAAUCCGAGACUUAGAGAAACAGGGAAAAUGUGCCAAGAUCAGAGUUGAAGUUGUCCCACUCACCAAAGUCCCAAAGACGCUGCAGAAAGGUAUGGUGGUGGGUAGUGACACAUCCUCCAUGGACAGCACAAAGGAUCAUGGUUGUUAUCGUAUAACAGGCCACAGUAAUUGUCGAAUUCCGCCCUCUUCUUUGAACACUAAUUCGCAUUUAGAAAACUUAGAAGAAACGGAUGACACUUCAUCUUAUUCCAGUAGCGAAUACUCCGACUACGAAGUUGAUGAUGACGAUUAUGAAGAUGUUUCUGACAGCGAAUAUGACGAUGACCUAACUUGCAACGUAUGCGACCGAAGCUUCGGCUCGACGCGCCUGCUGUCCCAGCACCAACAGCGUCGGCGGCACUUUGGCUGUUCCAUUUGCAACUCGUGCUUCCCGAGCCUGCCCGCUUUGGAGCGGCACAAAGAGUCCCUCGACCACUGGUCGGAAGAUGACGGAAACACCUACGAGAGCGAAGACACCUCGCGCGGAGAGAGCGACCGCGACGACCCGUGCGCGAAGAAGCCUGCGACGCGGACGCAGCCCGCCGACAAGAGGCCCGAGGAAAUGGAAAGGCUGUUGUAGAUGCUUCUGCAUAUCUGACGAGGGGCGAGGUCGGGAGACUUCGCUCGGCUUUCUCUCUCAUGACUUAAAACCUUAGAUCAUUGAGACAUAGAUACGGCAAGUGGGAAUGGUUGUUGACGCAGGAAUCUUCGCGGGGAAAGUGAGGGGAGACCACGUGACUGCGACCUUCCACGGAAGACGUUUCGCCAGAGCUACAAUUCUCGUAAAGAUUUGAAUAGAUAUCGAAUUUAAUUUUUUACCUUCUGCCUGAAGUGUUUUGACACAUUUUUUCUGUCACGCGCAAGCGCAUAGUUAACUGAUUCAUGGAUAAGUGUUUUUUUUUUUCAAUUUCUACAGUACGUUGUUGAGUUUCGCCGAUUUAGAAAUGGAUCUAAAAAUUGCAUUCAUUGAGAAAUAGAGUUAGUAUUUCACGCCAAAAUUGAAGGACUUAACCACGUGGUACACGGCGGCGAAAUUAUUUGAUGUUUUACCCUGCAUAUAAGACCUGUAGCCCUUAUUCCUGCUUCAGCGCAUACAAUUGCGAAUGAAUGGGACGGCUCGUCUAUCUCUCAAUGGUCUAAGCUUAAAACCAACGAAAGGCUUUUCCUGCUUCGAUUUUGUUCGGGGGUGCGUUUUUUCCCCCUGCAAUUGAGGAACGGAAGUCGUUUUAUGUUAUCUGCUUGGCCAAGGUGGAGUAUCGUAGCGUUUUACGUAAUUCAAUAUUGCUUCGAGAAUUUCAAAUACUGUCAUGUGAAUGAAUCCUAAAGUACUGUCACAUAGUGUUCCAUAAUUUUCCAAAAUUGUCAUUAGAAUCUCAAAUAUUGUUAAAUAUUGUACAUGAAUUUCAAACAUUGUUAAAUAUUUUUUAAUGAAUUUCAGAUAUUGUCAAGUGUUGUUCCAUGCGUUUCAAAAAUUGUUAAAUUAAUUUUAAUUUUGCCAAAUAUUUUUACAUGAAUUUCAGAUAUUGCCAAACAUUGUUAAAUGGGUUUCAAAAGCUGUCAAAUAUUGUUACAUGAAUAAAAAAUAAUAUAAAUCAUUUACAUAUAUAGUUCAUUUUACGAGAAAAGAUAGAGGAAGUAAAUAAAGCAGUGCCAUUUGGCGAUACCGUUGUCCGCUAGGGAAUAGAAGACAAGAAAGUCCCUUUGACCUUUUGAGUAAGUCUUAUUGGCGGCGUGAAAUGUUUUUUGACUAUGAUUACUUUCAGAAAUCAUAUUAAAAAUCAAUGUUUAAAGUAUAUGGUAUCGUGAGAAAAAAGAAAAGGUGAAAAAUCUUUCUUAGCAAAUUUCAUGUGUAUGUAACAUUUGGCCGAAGCUUCAGAAAUUAGGUGCUGUCAAGCAAUACACCAAAUUAGGGUAAAGGGAAGGUAAAUUUGUAAACUUGCCGGCUUGUACAACUGUACCUUCUCUUUAUCCAUAAAUAAACAUUACGAUACAGCGCCGUAUUUGAGCAGGAAGUAUAAAACGACUUUUGUGAGAAACUUUACAAUUUAUGUACAUAUUGAGUCUUUCAGCGAGCAUUUGGAUGAUUAAAAGGCCAUCGAUAAAAAUUAUAAAAUGCCUUUUUUUGAGCAGCUGCUGGAAACAAAAAAUGUUUUCUGUUAAAAUUUUUAUAAUGUUUUACUAUGUUUUUUUAAAUGUUUUUUCUUUUUAAUGUUUUUUCUCAAAUAAUUUUAUUUGGGUGAAUUUAAUUUCAGAACACAAUGAUAUUUUGGACAAAAUAGAAAGUUAUUUUGAAGUUAACAUAAGAAUGAAGUAUUUUGUCUCUUUGAUUUA